AUGCCUAAUUUACCAGCUAUUACUGUCGAUUCUCGCUAUAUGCUAGCUAAAUUAGCUUUUGAAGAGAAUGUACCUGAAAUAGAAUUUUAUAAGCCACUUCAUCUUGAAAAAAAUAAUUGUCAAUCUAGUGAAGAAACAACAGAAAUUGUUGAAGAUAAUGUAUUAUCAUCUCCAAUGAGAAAUACUGUAGUUGAAACUGAUGAUCAUCUUGAUAAUCAUAAUAUUGAUCAACAGUCGGAUGAAUAUGUUAACCAGAUUCAAGAAUUAAUUAAAACAAAUUUUGAAAAAUGUAAAAGUAAUACUUCAGUUUCUGUACUCUCUAAAUAUUUAGAUCGCUUAAGAAAGUUAAGUCGAUUGCUACUUGGGAAUCAUUUUUGA